AUGUGCAACUUCUACGAGAACAUUUAUCACUAUGCCAACUGCAAAGAUCCAAAUGAACACUACACCCAUAUCUCCUUCCAAGGAGACCCUGCAGAGAGAUGCAAAGCGGGCCCGCAUGAGCAAUAUGUUCCUAUAUCUGCGCAGUGUCAUCAUUGCUAUCCUGUAAAUGCUAAGCAUAACGACGCGCCCGAGCGACGGUCAUCAGACGCGAGCGAGUCAGAACCGGACAACCCAGAGCCUGACGAAAAUGACGACUCAGAUGGCAAGAAGGUUCCUGAAUUCAGCGUGACAUGGAAGCUACCGGUCGCUAUCGCCGAUGUGCAAGACAUGGAAACCUUCAUGUUGGAAGCACUUACCUUGACCAGGACCGGAUCUAGCGUCAAAGCUAUGUCGUGUCAAAACUACAUUCGAGAGGAGUAUGGGGCGCUGGGGCUGGUGCUUCUGGAAAACAUUUUCAGCGCGCUAAACAGCGCAGACAACGGUUAUGAGGACAGCACGAUGGAAAUUUACGCCGGCAACAACUUGUUUUCAGUUUCGCUUUCCGAGAAACUAUCCUAUCUCAAGGACAUGCUCCUCUGGCUUUGCCUCUCUUUCGUGAAACCGAAAGACGGAUCGGUGUGCAUCUCAACAGCGGCAAUGACCAAGAACUCGAUCAUCCUGAUGCCUCUGCAGCCAAUCCAGUCGACCGAUCAGCUGAUCAACGAAGAAUACUGGCACGAGAUGUUCGAAGCGGCCGUCAUAGUCCAAGAUCCUCGCCUCGAACCACAGUCAUGUAUGUCGCUAGAGAUGGAUUUCAAGAUGAUGGUGCGGCUGUCGGGAGUGAGCUGGAAAGUUUUGCACGACGACGGCUUCCUCCUGAGAGGGCCGUUCACGGCACUGACACCGAUCCGGGAGCUGGGGAAUGAACAUAUCAUGUGGCAUUUUGAGAUAUUGAGACCAGGUAAACCAUUCGAACCGCCGAGGAAGUGGAUGCGAACUCUUUUGAUGCAUCAGUUGCGGUCGAAGAAAGCGUUGGUGAGCUGGUUUCCCCCAGGACCGGUGAAUCAAAAUAUGGCGCUUCGUGGAAUAUACAUAGUGGACGACAUGCGGGACAUAGGUCUGACAAGGAAAUCGCUUGACAUGCUGGAGUGGUUGCGGGAAAGGCGAGUUGAGCGAUACCACGGUGUUGUCAACUCUGGAGCUUCAAGUUCCUUCUGGUUUGUGAAGGAGUGGUUAAGACGGAUCGAGUGCUGA